AUUCAUAAAAGCUGCUGUAUUGUGGCCUGAAAUAGCACAUUAAUCGGCGAAAUAUGGUAUCCUUAGUUCAAAAGGAAUAUCCUAGCAAGUUCGCGUUGGAUUCCACAUUUUCACGAAUGCAAUGCGUAUUUCUGAUAUGUCGUCAUACCAGUGGUUGGAGCUACUUAAAUGGAUUGCCGUCAUUGUGGAUGCUGCAGCAAAUGGGAUUUCCCAAUUUCCUACAUGUAAAAAGAUUCAGAGGAAACUGAUGCUCAGGAUAUAGAGAUGGCGCUGAAGUGUAGCACAUUCUUAAGCCUGCUUACGAUAGCUUACUCUACAGGCAUCAUGACAAAAGGAGAUGUAACUGUUUUAUACGGUCAGGACGGAGUAUUUUACUGUUCGAUCCCCGAUGCCACCGGAAUUAAACAAGUCAUCUGGCAACGUCUCAGCGACGAUAAACGUCCCAUGAACUUGGCCAUCUUCAGCGAACGUUUUGAAGACAAAAUGACCAAUUCGUAUGUUAGUAAAUUUAAUGUCACGCUGCCGUCCCUCAACGUAACAACCCUUGUGAUAAAGAACGUAACAUUUGGGGAUGAAGCCUGCUUUAUCUGCAGGUUCGAUGUGUAUCCGUCUGGAACGAAACAGUGGAAACAGUGCCUCAAUGUUCAAGGUUUGUCAGAAACAACAGCAUCUGAGGUUUUACGUAAUCCUACAGAAACUGAUGUCGUCAUCUCAUGCUCGACCACUGGAAAACCUACACCAACAAUCAGCUGGAGGUCAGAGGAGAAAGAAUUGACCCAUUACUCAAGGAAUUUCACAGUAUUGAAUCAUGACAGGACAACCACAACUACAAGCAACCUGACUCUUCCAUUGUCACAGUUCCAUGCAAAAAUUGUGGAAUGUGUGGCUGAAAGUGGCAGUAUGAAAAGUAUUGAACCCAUUUCUCUCUCUGGCAGCAGGAAAGCAACUGAAAUAGAGGGAUCAAGAUAUUACAUCUGCUCUGGUCUUGUCGUGGUCGUCUUUGUAAUCAUCUUUGUAGCCAUUGCAUUUCAAAAGAGAAUGAAAAAACAUGAAAUAAGCAGUAUUGAGAGAAUCUAAUGCACUGGAAGAUUAUGCAAUGCUUCUGCACUUUUGAGUUGUACACUAUAAGCUAGAAGGAUAGCAUAUUGUUAUCUUUCAAUCCUUUUUAUACCAUGAUAGAAUUAUUCUUAAUAUAUUGUGCUGUAUUGUUAAUUUAUUAUUGUUGCAUAUUUACAAAGUCAUUUAUAUGUUAGUCAUACAAAAUUACAAAUUCCAGUAAUAAUAGUUGUUACCACAUAUGAUGUGAAAUUCUUUAAGAUGUUGUAUGUCAGCUGUGGACAAAGGCGUUUUGUAUACGGUGUGUCUAGAAUAAGUGAUGAGAAACACACUGCAGAGACCUUGUAGAUAUAUUGAUAUAUUGUUAAGAUAUAUUGUUCAACUGUAACUGAAACCUCAAUAAA